AUGGAGACCCUGUUUAGCUCUUGCAAGUUAUGGAAGCGGUGGCGCUUAUUUAUUCACCGCAAGUUCUGGCUGGGGGUCAUCCUCUGGGUCGUGCUCUGCAACCUGGGAGCAGCUCAAGCACAUCAGCGAGAGAUGCGCGAGGAAAGCGUCACGAAAUCUCCGUCUAUUCCGCAGACGAGCGCAUCACCUACAAUACAAGGACGCGGGAGUCUUAUCCGUCCCAGUGUGGUUCAGUCUGCUGCCUGGCAGACACAUUGGCGAUCCUCAGAUAGCUCAGCGGCAACAGACACAUCCAAUGUCAAUGCUUCUAGAGGAUCAGACUCGAAUCUUUUCAUGCAACGGCGGACUUUUGGUGUGAGUGCGGCGUCUUGGACCACAUGGAAACCGACACUGUCCAGCUUGGCGUCAACCGAAGCGAUAACAACCGGCAGCGUCGAGCAUGCAAAGCAUCUCGAGUCAAGUUCAUGGCCGAAGCGUACUCGAGACGAGGCACCCCAAGCGAAUGCUGUCGUCCAUGGGGCCCGCAACGCUCCAGCCGCAGACUCGGAGAAACAACAGGCACAACCGUCGGUAUCACUUGUGGCAAUUCAGCUGCCUGCUGAUUCUACGGCUGCUGAUACGAUUGAUUCUACUGUUUCUGGUACUGUGCAUCCUACUGCUGGUGAUGAAACGGAAUCCAGCAGCGUUGUGGUCGCUGCGACACAAGUUUCAGCGAUGGAUCCAUUCCCAAAGGAUGUUGCGCAGGAGCGCUCGCGUUCGGAGCAGUUGCUCGGUAGUGCUCCAGGCGCUUCGUGGUCUUAUGAUCCCGAGUCGAAGCCCAAAGCAUCGCUGGAAGCCGCAGGCCUUGAGUCUCCUAGAGCGAUCGAUAACAGCGACAGUCCGGAAAGCACUGUGGAUGCUGGUUCACCAAUGGAAAUACGUUCAUCGUUGUCAGAAUCGUUUCGAAUCACAGACACACAGCAGGCAGUGAACACCACCUAUGGUGUAUCCGAAAGGAACCGCACACCAAACACCGCAACGGACUCAAAGCAGGGUCCCGACGCAACACUCUGGACACAGCAGGAGCGUCUAGGCGAAGGAUACAAACAGCAACAGCAACAGGAACAGCAACAGCAACAGCAACAGCAACAGCACAUGGAACAGCAUCAACAUCAGCAGAUGCCGCUACCCCUCGACCAGCGUUUACCCGAUCCGAAGCCGAGUAUCUUACCACCCGAGGAUGCGCUUCUCCAUAUGCUGGGCUGGCCUCUGGAUGCUUCGAUACUGGAAGAGCCCACUCCCGAGCCGGUCGAAUCCGCAGCACCAGCACCAGAGACGGAUGCGCACCCGGCGGGUGUCGCUUGGCAGGCGAUACAGGUCAUUCACCAAGUGCUGCGUCUCGAAGAGGAACUCCGACAACUCAUUCCCGCUCCACAAACUGCAUCCGCACUCGAAGGCUGGUGGCCUGAACUCAGGGAGCGCGCCACGAGUGAGGUUCUGCGCUUGACGACAAGGCUCCAGCUGCAUCGCGUGCAAGUCGAGUCGCUCCGAAUCACCGAUCGCAUUGCUGCCUUGACAGAUGAGCAGCCUCUCAGAGAAGUGCAAGACCUCCGAGAGCGUCUGCAGCUCUUUGGAAAGGAAUUGAAUGCCUCGUUUGCCGCCAUGAUGACCCUACUCGACAAGGGAGAGCAGCAUCCGCUCGCACUGUCUCUGCCCCAGGGACGGAAACCGACGGCUUUCCAACAGCUGAGGCAACAGCUCACGCGUUGGCACCUGGACUUGUACGCGGAACAGAUGCUGCUCGUAAGCAAAUUGUCCGCAACCGAUACAAUCGCAGGUGAGCGUCCUCGUGCACCGAGUCGAAGUAGAGCAAACGUCAAAGAUGAACGUGCUGCCCCAGAGCUCUUGUCCGGUGUACAGGGCAGUGCAUCGGCAGCGUCUGAAGCGUCUCAGGACGUGCAUGGUGCAGAAGAGCCUCAGGAAGCAUCAUCAUUGAAGCGCUUCUCGAUGCCCACUGUGCAACCCGAAGCACAACAACGCCCGGUACCUUCCUGGAUAUCCGAGGUCGAGGCCUUGUGGCGUACACAGGCGAACGUAACGGCCAUUGUAGCGCUCUUAGAGACAACCGCUGCAACCGCAGAAUCUCCCGAUUGUUUCCUUGCAAGCAGCGUUCUAGCGCGCCUCUACUGGUCUGGCGACAGCGUAUACGGACUGAAACCGAACCGUACACGCGCUACGUAUCACUUGGAACGUGCAGUGGCAUCUGGACAAGCGGAUGCGCAUGACCUUGUGGCGACGCUGCUGCUUUGGAGUAGCACCACGACUGCGGAGCAUGGUAGCAUUCCUCUCGGGUACGCUGCCGCUUGGCGAAGCGCGCAAAGCAGCGUGCCCCAUGCAGGCAGCAAAACGCCCAGCAGCAGUAGUAGCAGUAGUAGCAGUACGAGUACUGGCGAACGAGACCGCGUUGCCGCGCUGUUGCACUGGCAUCGCGCUGCGAACGAUGGACAUCCCCGAGCACAACUCGCCCUCGCUUUUCGUUACCUGUAUGGGAUCGGUGGUCUCCCCGAGAACUGCGAGCAAGCUGUGCGCUUCUAUCGUCUCGCUGCAGCCUACCUCGGACAAGUCGAUGAUGAUCACCACGAAAACGACGACGGCAUAUUGAGGCCUACGUCCAGCUCCCGGGAACGCGCCUCCAAGAACCCCAUGCAUCCACUUGCUGACGGACAACUCGACUUUACUGGAACAUUCAGCGAACGUGGCUGGUUCGCAUCACAGCGCCUACCACUGGAAAGCUUUCGCCUGUCACUGCAGGAUGCACAACGAAUACGACGUUUCGCAAAGCGAGCGCCUGCUCUUUGGCAACGAACCGCUGCUGCCACGCUAGCACAUGAACCCGCUGCCGCUGGACUCGGGAGCGCUUCCUGGCAACCGCUCGACCGUCCUCGUCGCUGGCUACCUGACUGGCUCGCCAGUCUCCAACAGAUCGCAGCUGCCCGCCGAAAUACCCCUCCGGAGCUGCUGGAAACAAAACCGCGCUUCGCGCUGGAAACAUCGAUGACGCUGCUACCCCAGGUACACGCUGACGAACGAGAACUCAUCCAGUACUAUCGCCAUGCUGCUGAUCGUGGUGACGUUCGCGCCCAGGUCGCCCUCGGACAUGUGCUGCUCACGGGUAUGGCUGGGCACGCGCCCGACUAUGGACGCGCCUUGCAGUACUUGACACGCGCGGCCCAGACGGGUGACCCACACGCUCAUGUGCUGCUCGCGUCGAUGUAUCUGCACGGCCUCGGGGUUGCACCGAGUAACGAGUCGGCACUGUGGCAUUACCGAGUGGCGGCUGCUCGUGGCGAACCGAGCGCUCUGAACGCGCUCGGUCAACUGCAUCGUUGGGGCAUCGCUGUGGAACGUGAUGAGCACGAAGCAGCGCGUCUCUUUCGUGCGGCUGCAGCGCACGGCUACAGUGAAGCCAAAUACAACCUGGGAUUGCUCUACCUCAGCGGUGCCGGAGUCGAUCGGCGUGACGAGCGCCAAGCGCUGGUGUGUAUGGUGGAAGCGGCACGAGCUGGACAUCGACGAGCGAUAUGGAAGGCAGCAGCGUUGAUGCAGGCCGGUAUCGCCCCGAGCGCUUGUGUCGAUAUUGCGCUGAGCUUUCGUCGGGUAGCCGAAGAGGCCCCGCUUGUGCGCCGGUCCCUCGAACGCGCCCAGUACCUCUUGGAGCUGAGCGGCUUGGUAACGACCGCGCGCUUAUCCCGCACGCGUCCGCGGAUGUUGUCGAGAGCUGUCAAGGCAGCGCUUGUCGACGAAGCGCUCUGGAAUGUGGUGCAGGCAGCGUGGGCGGGCGUCGAGGUCGCUCAGUACAAUGCGGCGAUACUGUUGGACGCGUGGAUGCAGGAUGAACAGCGGGCGCUCUCCUUCUGGUUGUUGGCGUCCCUGAAUGGACAGCGUCAAGCGAUGGUGGCGGCUGGUGAUCUCCUCUACCGUUGGCAGGAGCAGCAGGCAGCGUCUGGCGACAAGUCGCAGGUGUGGUUCAACGAAGAGGUCGCAGCGCCAUCCGAUCCGAUAUCAGCGUGGAUGUUUUAUCGUCAAGCGGCGGAACUCGGUACAGCAGAGGCGCUAUUUAACCUGGGCUAUCUGCAUUUACGUGGUCGUGGUGGAGCACCGCGUGAUCUGCACCUUGCCGAGCGGUACUUGGAAACCGCCCGAGUCGUGGAUGCCAAGGAGGCCUGGUUAGCGUCCACACUAGUCCUGGCUUGGCUACAACUGGAACGCUGGCAGGAAAGCGUACGCUGGUGGCGGUGGCGGUGGCUGUUGUCGCCCUGGCAGCGUCUCCUGCGAUACUUGCAGUACGUGGCAGUGCCAAGUCGACGACCUGCUUGGGCCCGCUUGUCCGUUGUCUCUGGGCAUCGUGGCGAACUCCGAGGCAGCUUACUGGUGUUGCUCUUCAUAGCAAUCGCAGCCAAGUGGUAUCUUCGUCGUCGUCGUCGUCGUAGACGGCUGGCAAGGGAUCCGUACCCAGCACAGGCCCGUAACCCGUUGAUUCGUCCCAUGCAUACGAUGCAGCAUAUGCAUCAAGAAUGA